AGCGAAUGGCAUGCAGUGAGGAAAAUCCAGCUUUCCUGGAAAAGGGGGGAGAAUGAGCUGUGAGGGGAAGCUCUGCUUUCUCUAGCUGAGCCCACCUCACCAUGCACACCUGCUCACUGGACCAAUGGCUCUGCUCAGAAAUCAAGUGGCCAAGAAAAGUCAAGACAAUCUUAAAGAAGAUCCAACUUGGAGGGCUUACACCACCAGAUGUCCCAUUCGGAUUUGCACCCUGCGCGGUCCGUGAGUUCUGUUCUUGCCUGAGGGGCGUUCACACAGCGGCCAAGUCAAGAUGUCCUCAGUGGGGAAGGUGACCCAGGUUCCCAGCGGGAAACUCUACCAGCAGAUCUUUGAGGCUGAGGCGCAGCUGGUCCACUCUCUGGCAGCCUCCAGGAAGCGUGCCUUGGAAAGGUCUAUGACCCCCAAGAAUGGCAGGAAGCCCUUGAUGAAGAAGAUGGAUAUUCCUGAAGGGGAGAUGAUGUCUCCCCGGCAGCAGAAGUGGGCUCACAGCCUACCCAAUGACUGGGUCACGGAAAACCCUGUUCUCUACAGGGAAAAGGAAAUAAUCAAGAAGAAAAAAGCUCAAGAAAGCGAGAGCACCAUUGCUGCCCGGGAGGUCCGGGGCCUCAUGGACACCAUCGUUCCUGAGAGGACCCGCACCGCCACCCCAGGCACCACGGGAAUGGACUCCAAGAGGCAAGGCUACGAGAGAGCUCUGGGGAGCUUUAAGGAGGAGAUUGCUCAGAUUGGGAUGGAAAUGGAACCUUUCAUCUUGGAGCCAGGAGCACUUUUUUUAAAAAAGCUGGCCGAGUCUGAUGAAGACAUCGACCGACUCUUCAAAAAGGUGGAAAGCGACACCCACCUGGAAGACUACACCAUCCAAACCCUGCUGGAGCUGUGGGAUCAGGUGGCUGAGAAGUUCCAGUUCCAGAAGCAGGGGAUCAAGGAGCUGGAUGAGGCCCUGUAUGAGGCCGAGUUCUCCCGGGCAGAUAAACUCAAAAGCGUGUUGAAGAAAUAUGUGGAAAUCAUAGAGAAAACUUCCUACCUCAUGCAGCCCGACGUGUACAGGCUGAUAAAUAAGGAAGCCAUGGUUAUAAACCAGGCCCUCUUGGGCAACCGGAGGGCCAUCGCACAGCUGUUCAUCAACCUCAUGGAGGCCACGCUGCAGCGGGAGCUCGAGAGCCACCGCCGCUGGCAGGGCCUGGUGGACGCCUGGAAGGCUCUCAAGAGGCAGGCCCUGGUGCAGAGUUUCAGUGAGUUCAUGGCCAGUGAGAGGAUCCAGGCUCCUCCAGCUGUGAAGAAGGAGAUGGAGAGCAUGCUGAAGAACCAGAAAGCCCUGCAGCAAAAGCGGCUGGAGCAUCUCUGCGCCGUCUGUGACCUUCUACCCCCUAAUUACAGCAAAGCCCAGCUGACUGAAUGGCAUUCUUCUCUCAACUCCCUAAACAAGCACCUCGAUACCUACCACAUGGACUUCAUGAUGCGGCUCCGCCGGCAGUAUGAGAAGACGUGGCAGGAGUGCCUGGCCCACGUGCAGAAGUGCAAGAAGCAGCUGCUGGACUGGAAAGCCUUUACCGAGGAGGAGGCAGAGAGCCUGGUGAGCCCCUACUUCUUCCAGAUGGUGGGAGUGCUGCAGAGCAAGGUGGAGGAGGAGCUGGAGCUCUUGGAUAAAUCCUUCGAGAGCCUGGCAAAGCAGACAGAAUGGCAGAGCUCGGAUCUCUUCAGCUACUUCCAAGAGGCCGUGCAGCUGUGGGAGGCACAUCAGAGCAUGCUGUCGGCGCAGGACCUGGAGCUGGAGAAGCGGAUGGAGCAGCAGCGGCAGAAGCACAGCCUGGAGGAGCAGGCCCAGGAGGCCCGCCUUGAUAAGCUCUUGGACCAACUGAGGCAGCAAAACCAUGAGGAAACACUGAAGAUUCACCUGGAAAAGGCCAAAGAUUUCCUGAAGAAUAUGAAAUACAGGUAUGAGUGUUUCCACAAGCUCCUGACAAAGGAAGUGAUGGAGUAUCCCGUGAUUAUACUGCAAGAACUGAACUCCUACAGCUCCACGCUCAGCAGCCACUUCUACAUUCGCGAGAUCUUCGAACAGACCUUGGAUGGGGAAGUCAUUUUCAAAUUCAGGGAACCAGAAGCACACGAAAAGCACUUCCAGGACAGUAUGAGAAAAUGGAGAAGCAAACAGAGGGCUAAUGUGGAAAUGAGCAAAAGUGAGGAAGGUGAAAGUAGUGGGACAAGUCCCUCCAGGCCAAUAGAAGAGAUGGAAGAAGAUGAUCAAGAAACUGAGUCCUCCUUAACUAAAGAGAUGGCAGUGAGCCAGCAGGAGCAGUCUGUACUGAGUGACAAGAUGGAUGAGUCCAGUGAGGAGUCUGUUCAGGAAUCCGAAAAAAUGCAAGUUGAAAGACACAGCUCCUUAAAACCAUCCCUGAACCAGGAAAACAUGAUGGUUCAAGGCGAGGAGACAGAGGAGGAGAAAAAGGAGGAGGAGGAGAAAGAGAAUGAAAAGGUGGAGGAGAGGGAGGAGAAGGAGAAGAGGAAGAAGAAGAAGGAGGAGGAGGAGGAAAAAGAGGAGGAGGAGGUGAAGGAGAAGGAAGAGAAGCAUGAAGAGGAAGAGAAGCAGGGGGAGGAGGAGGAAGAGGAAGAGCAUGAGAGUUUAUUUAUGGAUGAGGCUGAAGCCCAGGAAGAGAGUCUGGGGAAGAUCUCCUAUGAAGACAUGGAGUCCUUCACAACCUCCAGUGGACACACUUAUUUUGUCUUCCUAACCCUGGAACAACAAGAAGAGAGUUGCAAGGAGGCCCAUUCCAACCUUUCCACCAUUCUCAUCAAUGACAUUUCCAGUGCCAACUUGCUAGAACAAGUGAUCAUUCCAUCCAGACUAGUUUUACAAAUUAAGAAACAACUUCGAACGGGCUUUUUCGAGCACCUAGAGAAGUGGUUUGACCAAUGUAUCCUCAAAACCCGGGUCAUGGUGGCCACCAAGAUCGAUGAGCUGGAUUCAGAAUUGGAACUGCAUCAGCAUCUACAUGAGCCAAGAGCCAAGCGCAUUGAAAAGGACAUCCAUAACGUCAGGGCAGCUGAGCUCUUGCUUCAUCAAGAGCGGCUGGACAGCCACUGUGCUGGGGUGACCGAGACACUAAGGAAGGAGAGGCUGAUGUUCUGCCAGUUCCAAGAAGAGCAAAACAUAAAGAGCAAAAACUUCCGCCGCAAGAUUUACGACAUGGAGCACAUCUUCUUGAACGCCACAAAGAGCCAGAGGCUGGUUACUCUCAGCAGCACGCUGCACCAGGAGCUGCUUAGCUAUGUUGAUGUCAUCCAGGUGUCCCUGCGCAGCUUCCGCCAGUACUUGGAGGAGAGCCUGGGCAAGCUUCGCCUAACCAACAUCGAGUUCAUCAAGCACUGCAGAUUGUUUUCUGAGGGAGGCAACUUUUCUUCUGAAGAAAUUGACUCACUGUGUCAUCGACUGGAGAAGGAAGCUUCCCGAAUAGAGUUUGUUGAAAGUUUAAUCAUGAUGAACAUGGAGAAGAUGGAGAGUGAAUACCUGGACCAGGCCAAUGAUGUCAUCAACAAGUUUGAAAGCAAAUUCCAUAACCUGUCUGUGGACCUUAUUUUCAUUGAAAAAAUCCAGCGGUUGCUGACAAAUCUGCAAGUGAACAUCAAGUGUGAGGUCGCAAAAUCCAAUUUGCAAACAGAUGGAUUAAAUUCUUCUCUGGAACAGCUCCAAAGGAAAGUAGAAAUGUGUCAAAACUCAAAGGGAGAUAAAAAAAUGGUGACCUCGGAAGAUCUCCUUGGCUUCAUCCAGACUUGGAAAGAAAAACUGAGCCAGAGGAUUCAGUACCUCAAUUGCAGGCUGGACACAGUGUCCGUAACUCAAGUGGUCUUUACCGAUAGUGUCAUGACCGACCUGGAGGUGGAGAGUGACAUCAUGGUGACUUCAGAGGCCCUUGAAGAGGAGGCCAAGAUUGACUUGGUCACCCCUGAGUCCUUUGCGCAGCCAAGCCGCACGGGGAAGCCCAUGAUUGAAGACCCAGCUGUGGAAGUGGUCAAGAGGAUCCUGCAACUUCCCGAUGAAAAAUGCUCAACCCAGCAGUGUGACAAAGACCGGUCCCAGACAGGCCUGAAGCGACACCAGAACCGGGGGGAACACUUCGUGAGAAAAGCCUUGUCCAGUGCCAGUGCCACUUCAACAGGAAGCAGAUGGGGAGUAGGGAAGUAUCUUGAAGGAUUCAGCCCCAGACACGGGAGUCACAGUGUCCUACAGGCAGGCCCAGAGGCUCCAGCCCCAGGACACCUGCCCGUCUACUCCAGCCUCCAGAGCACUGACUCACCUAUGUCUCACAGCAUUACACGGUACUCCAGGCCCAACCGAAUGGACAGAAAGUACCAGGUGCUUGGGGAGAGGCCACCACCGCCAGCUGAGGAUUUUAAAGGGAUCAUCUUGACCCUCCUCUGGGAGAGCAAUGAGCAUCUGUUGAACGUUAUAGAGGAGUUCUACCGCAGAGAGAAGCGCUCCAUCACCAGGCCCGACUGCAUGUACGAAAACUUUGAUCAGUGCGCCGAGAACAUUUGCAAGAAGAUCCUGGAGUACCACAUGCAGACAGACGAGUACCACAACUCCUGCCUCAUAGAAUUACGGGCCCAGAUGAGGAGAUUUGAGGAGCUGCUGCCCCAGGUGUGCUGGCUGGUGAUGGAGAACUUCAAGGAACACCACUGGAAAAGAUUCUGUGCCUCUGCUGAAGAGAUCCGGGGACAGUUUCAGAAUUAUCAGGAGAAGCUGGAGCAAAGGAAGGAUGAAAAUGCCCAGAAGCUCCGUCCAAAUCUCGGACAUCCUGCACAUUUCCAAGAAAUGGAGUCUCUGUGUCAAGUGGAAGAGAAAAGGCAGAAUGAUUUAGACACUGUAAUUGUGGCAACCAAGGAGAAGCUCGAGGAAUUCACCAGGAAGCACGGCCAGUUUUUCAUAGCCAGCUUGGCCACCUUCACCGAGAAGUUCCUGCUGCAGUUGGAUGAAGUGGUCACCAUUGACGAUGUCCAGGUUGCAAGGAUGGAGUCCCCCAAACAGAAAACAUCAAUCCUCAUACGGAGGAAACUUGCUAAGCUUUCCCUGAAGGAAGAAAGUGAGAAGCCCCUGAUUGAACGGGGGAGCAGGAAGUGGCCAGGAAUCAAACCCACCGAAGUCACCAUCCAAAAUAAGAUUCUCCUCCUGAAAACACCAUCCAUCACCACGACCAAAACGACCCUGGGCCACCUGGCAGCCGUGGAAGCCCGAGAUGCUGUCUACCUGAAAUAUCUAGCACUAUUUGAAGAGGAGUUGAAGAAGAUCCAGGCCGACAAUGCAUUGCAGGUGAAGGAGGCUCAGAGCUGGAAGGACAGCUGGAAGCGCUCCGUGCAUACCAUCCAGGGUCUGUACAUGUGACACCCUCAACCCACCCCACAUAAGGGCUCAGUUUUAAAGGACUCCUUCUCUCUCCAACUGUCCAUCUGUCCAUCCAUCCACCCCUGCUCUGUACCCAGCACUGUAGCUUCAUCAGUGACCAGGACAUGGUGUGGUCUCUGCCCGUGUGGAGAUCACUUCCAAUGAGGAGGAUGGAGGUGAAAGAGGAGUUCCACGUGGUUAGCAGAGAUGGUGGGUCACAGGAGAGGGCCCCUUAAAAUAAAGACCAGUACUUCAGACGACAUGAUUCCAACAGGCAUGCUUGGCACUUCAUCUUGGAAAACGAAACAAUUAAAAUGUAUGGGCAUGAAUACAUUUUACAUUAAACAGUGUAAAAUAAUUGCAACCCUGCAACUAACGAAGAAUUAAUCCAGUCUUGAUUGGGUAUCUGUCUGGCGAGUUGCCUAACCAAAUUAGAGUAUUUUGAGGAAAACCUUCUAGGCCUCCUUAAUUUUCCCAGGGCCUCUUUAAUCUUGUGAGACUCAGAUCCUUCUCUCUGGAAGCUUCCAUCAUGCCAUCUUCCUUGUUGAUUUUAUCUUCCUGGAUUAGGUGACCUAACCAUGCCAAGUCUCACUGGGAAGUAGCUUUCUGUGGCACUUGGACAGGCUGUGUACAUUCCUUCCUUGAUUUCAUCAACUCUUUUUUUUUUUUUACCUCGUUUGCAUUUUGACUUUGGGUUUUCCCAUGCUUUAACCUCUUUUAAUGACUUGAUGAGGUAGGAUUUUGCCCUGUUUUACAGGUGUAGAAACUCAAGUCAAAAAGGCUGAGACAACUUGCUCAAAAGCACAGGGCCAGUAUAGAAUCUCAGCAUAGUUUUUGUUCCCCAAAUGUGGACAAGUACUUGGGGACAAGUCAUUUAUUUUGGAGAUGAUCUCAAGAAGCAUGAGUGAGGUCAUGGGGAAGGGGAGCCUGGAAGGAGCCUUGGCCCCACUCCUGGCUCCUUCACCCCCACACCAGGCCCAUCCUGUCCUCCUCACCUGUCCCCCACGCUGCAUCACCUGUUCCCUACCCUGCAUUUCCUGUCCCCUGGCCUGCCGCUGACCUGUCUCCUGUAGCCACUGUCCACCCUAGGGGCUGUGGGCUCAUUGUAGUUCCAGGUGGCCACAGAGGUGGACUGCAAGACUCCUGUCCUAUCCUCUCAAAGCUACCCUUGGGACCUUAGGGGUUCCCCUACUGAGCAGGUAGUUAGGAAAAUGGAUGCCACCGCUCCAUGACAGAGCUGUCUCCAACCUCUUCCUAACACUCUCUCUUGUAAGUUCCCCUGCGUCUGCUCUUUCUUGACCACGCCUCCAUGUUCCCCACCCGAGAAGUCCAUGUGAGUGUGGCUGUGCACAUGUGAGGAUGUGGAGAGGAAAAUGACCCUAGAUGGAGAGAGGGUGUGGACAGGGAUCCCCCUAGGAUCUUAGAGGCUUUCAACAUAAAAUAAACCCCUUAGGGAGGUGUUGAGCCCUGGUCUAAAGCCCUUCCUUUUCCUUUAGACUCUGCCCACCUUCUGGGCCCCAGACCAGUCCUUGACUCACUCUGGGCCUCAGUUACCUAAUUGUGCAAUGAGAGACCAGAUACAGAACCUCACUAAACGGAUGCUAAGUGAGGUCAGGCUCCAUCAAAACAGGGUGGGGUGUCAGGGGGGAGUGGCAUGGGUACAGAAAGGAACAUUGUGCAUGGCGGCCAGGCUUUGUGCCCAUAGCCAGGCACACACAAGGGGCCCUGGGAAGACCUGAGAAGAGUGCAUACAUGCGAGCCCUCAGACUGAUGUGUACACAUGUGCAUUGCACCAGCGGCUCCCCAUGUGAGGCCGGUCUCCUUCAGCCAGUUCUGUGCACCCGUAGCUGCUGAGGUCUGGGUCACUUGUUCUCCACUGGACCCAGGAAGGGGGUCAGCCUCACUUAACUAGGACAAGUGUGGGGAAGGGGCAGCUCCCCAAAGAAAUACUGAUGUACUCUUCCUAAUAGAAGAGGACAGGGAUGUCAGCCAGGCAAAAGCGGCAAGUCUCAGAAUCAUGCAAGCUGCCUCCGUACCUGUCUCUGCCACUAUGCACAGGGGCUGUCUCCAGAGAAGGGACCUGUCUUGUCCAAAAUCACACAGUGAUUCAGUGGCAAAGCUCCUAUUUUGGUUAGGCUUAGAUUUGCCUAUAUAUAGUAGAAACCCCCAAAUAAUGUGGCAUAAACAAGAGAGAGAUUUAUAUCUUUCUCAUAUAAAAGAACUCUUUUUCUGUUGUAAGACAACUCCAAUGACCCCCACCCCUGGGAACUGGACAAUGGCUCUGACUUAUUUGUGACUUACUGACAGUAACCAGAGAAAAUGGUUUAUGUUCAGGGAGAUGGGCUGUCCUUUGUAACCCGCCCUUUUCCAUAUUCAUAAAACUUUCCCGCAUCCCCUGCAGUAGAGGACAUUUGCUACUAAAACAAAACAAAAACGAAAACAAACUCCCAAGCCCCCCCAAAACUCUAGAGGCAGGCAGCCCUUACUGAUCCUGGACUGCUCGUCAUGAAGACCACAGGUCAUCGGUCAUGUGGUUUCCAUCAUCAAGUCUGUCCCUGGUCCAGGGUGGCUGGCUGCAGGAGCUCCAGCCUGGACCAGCCACCAGAUCUGCACUGAGACGGCAGGCAGGAGGAAGGGGGAGGGCAAAAGAGGCUCUCCCAGCUGCGUCUGUGCCAUCUGGCCAGCCUCCCCAAGGUCCCACACCACACUCUGAUUACAUGUCACUGGCCUGAACUUUGUGUGGUCACUCUUAGCUGCCACAGAGGUUAGGAACUUUAGUCUUUUCAUUUGUUGAAUUGCUGCCCCAAUUAAAACUGUUUUUAAGCAAAGGGGGAAUGAAAACUGUGGAAACUACCAGUACUCUUUGCUACCCAGAACUCCAAGAUGAAGAGGAGGAGAGGGGUUAUUUUCAGGUUUGUAGGGCAUCCACAGCCUCUUUCCUUGAUGUUCACUCAUUCACAGAGAGAACAGAGUCUCAGUUCUAAACCACAUGUGUGAGUGGAACCUCUGCCUUGGGCUUCCAGCAGAAUGACGGGAACCACUGUGUUGGCUUGCAUCUGCUUGUCCCUUGCAAGAAGAUCUGAGGAAAGCCUUUUCUAUUUCAUAAAUGGUGCGGGUAUAGGUGGGGUUGUGAAGUCUUUUCAGCAAGCAACAUGUUCCUAAAAAGCUGAGUCAAAGUUAUAUCUCUGUAAGUCAAAGAGCAGAAUCUGUUGACCCUACCAUGUUUGACCCCCCCGUGGUGAAUAUGCUAGUAAAGAUAAUACACAUAAAAUAAAACUAAAGAUAAUACACAUAAAAUAAAACUAACAGUGGUUAAAACUGCUCAUGGUGAAGUUUAUCAUUGACUAAAAAUUAAUGGAAGAAAAAAUAUAUUUGGAAAACAUUUUAAUAUGCAUAACUUGGCCCCAGAAAAAUGAUUUGGUAAAAAUAAUAAUCCCUAAAAUUUACAAUAGCAGAAUCUAUAGCCAGUAAAUUAUGAUCUGGGCCAAAACCCAAUUUACAUUAAAAAAAAUAAUGGAUCCUGAUAUAAAUAGUUGCAGUGAAUUAAUAAUAAAAGUAGAUAAGCUGCAAUUGACUUUGUAUAGUAUAUGUUUUUUCCUCAAAUGUUGUCUCACUUAUUUUUUAACACUUAAUAGACUUUAGAGCAGUUUUAGGUUUAUGGGAAAAUUGAGCAAGUAGCACCAAAUUCCCAUAUAUCCCACCCUCCUUCCGCCACAGUUUCCUCUUUUUAACAUUUUGUGAUAGUGUGGUUCAUUUGUUAAAGUUUAUGGACCAAUACUAGUAGAUUAUUAACAACUAAAGUCCAUAGUUUACAGUAGGUCUCACUCUUCCUGUUAUAUGAUUUAUGAGUGUUGACCAGUGCAGGGUGCCAUGUAUAGUAUCAUGCAGAAUAGUUGUACAAGGUUCAGAUCCCAUGUGCCACCUCUUUUUUCCUCUCUUCCUCCCCCAAACGCUGACAACUACUGAUCUUUUUGCCCUCUUUAUAGUUUUGCCCUUUCCAGAAUGUCAAAGAGUUGGAAUCAUAUAGUACGUAGCCUUUUCAGACUGGCUUCUUUCAUUUAGAAAUAUGUAUUUGAAGUUCUUCUAUGUCUUUUUGCGACUGGGUAGCUCAUUUCUUUAUAUUGCUGAAUAAUACCCAUCACCUGGAUGUACCACAGUUCGUUUAUCCAUUUACCUAUUAAAAGACCUCUCAUUUGCUUCCAGUUUGGGGCAGUUAUUAGUAAUUGUUAAAUAUUUGUGUGCAGGGUUUUGUGUAGACAGCUCUUGUUGGGUAAAUACCGAGGAGACUGAUUGCUGGAUCAUAUGGUAGGACUAUGUUUUGUAUUUAAAGAAACUGCCAAAUUGUCUUCCCAAGUGGUUGUACUAUUUUGCUUUCCCGCCAGGAAUGUUGUUCCACACCAUCAUCAGCAUUUGAUAUGAUCAGGGUUUUGGGGUUUUUUUGUUUUUUGUUUUUUGUUUGUUUGUUUGUUUGUUUGCAUUUAGCCCUUCUAAUGGGUGUUUGGUGGUAUCUCAUUGGGGCUUUAAUUUGCAGUUCCCUAAUGAUAUAUGAUGUUGAAUAUCUUUCCAUAUGCUUAUUGCCAUCUGCUUAUCUUCUUUGAUGAGAUAUCUGUUCAGAUGUAUUGCCCAUACUUUUUAUUGCCCAUUUUUUUAAUGGUUUGUCUGAGGUAUUUUUUCUUGAGUUAAUGUGUUUGUUUUGUUUCUGAGAUAUUGUUUACAAGUUGAGAUAUUGUUGAGUUUUAAGAGUUCCUUGUGUAUUUUGAACAUGCUUAUUUGCCAUCUUUAUAACUUCUUUGCUGAGAUGUCUGUUCAGAUCUUUUGCCCAUUUUUAAAUUUGAUAAUUGCUUUCUUCCUGUUGAGUUUGAAACGUUCUUUGUGUAUUUUGGAUAUCAGUCCUUUAUCAGAUAAUGUGCUUUGUAAAUAUUUCCUCCUGGCCUGUGGCUUGUCUUUUCAUUCUCUUAGCGGUGUCUUUUGCAGAGUAGAAGUUUUAAUUUCAAUGAAGUUCAACUUCUCAGUGUUUUCUUUCAUGGUUCAAGCUUUUGGUAUUUUAUCUAAAAAGUUAUUGACAAAUCCAAGGUCACUAGAUUUUUUCCUGUGUUAUCUUCAGGAGUUUUAUAGUUUUACAAUCUACAUCAGAACAUUCUAAGUUAAUUUUUGUGAAAGUUCUUUAUGAAGUUUCAUUUUUUUUGCAUGUGGAUGUCCAGUUGUUCCAAAACCAUUUGUUGUAAAAACUAUCAUUCUCCAUUGAACUGCCUUUUAUC